AUGGCCCGGGACAUAUGCCCGGAAAUAUUCAACGACUACGACAGAUUGUAUGAUACAGCCAGGAGGACGAUAGAGUCCGACCGAGAAGAGAUCGAAGAGAUCGACGGGAAAUUGACCCGGCUGAACAACUACGCUGAUCGCAUAGAACGCGAUCUGGAUGAUGCACGCGCCCGAAUUAAAGAAUUGGAGGAGUCACAAGAUGACACCCAUCGACACAACCGUCGAAAGACGCGUCUGUCACUGUCCCCAGGUCGGCCGGCCUCCGACACGAACAGCUCGCAGAGGGAAUCAUCUAUGGGUAUGGCAUCACAGCCACGAUCGAGCCUGUCGGUAGCCAGCGGGCUCAAGGCCGAAUAUUACGACCUCAACUCAGAUUAUGGGGAGUCUGACGCAUCGGAUGCAAAGGAACCCCCGCGUUAUGCAAACGCAGCACCUAGCAUGACGGCCGACCAAGUCGGUGGACAAACACCAGCGACUGAAUUCCCCCCGCUGCCUCAAGCGGGACCUUCCAACUAUUCCCGGACCGCAGCCACCCACAGUUUAGUGGGAAGAAUCAACACAGGCACAGCCCCGCGAGGAAACGAGCAGAUUAUGCUCCCCGAGAACUCGGCAGCAUGGGCCGAGAUGGUACAAGCCGCUCAAAUCCCAGACAACUGGGAGGCAUACAACAGUUGCCGAUCGGUAGUCAACAUAGCAAAUCAGCUAGCGAGUGACAAGAAGCCCAUGAGGGGUUUCAUGAGAGCCGCGUUGCGGACAUGGCGGGCACCCGACUGGGUGAAACAAACAAGGAACAUACGCCCGCUACCAAGAAUUACAGUAGCAAACGUCAUGACCUCCUCAUCUAGCGGCACAACAGCCGCGCCUCACGUCGGGGCAAUAGUGAACGAUCCAUCCACCGCCUCAUCGUUGAGGGUAGGACCGCCGGUUCGCGUAGAAGCGAGACCCACCACGGGGUACCAAGCCCCAAGUAUGGAUGCACCACCAGAAGCGUGGUGCGCAUACGAUUAUUAUUUUAGGCAUGUGAAGGCCAUGUCCGCCGGGUUGGGAGACAACCCACUCGACGUAAGGACACGACGUGGGCAUCGUCUAAUACGACGAACUGGACCCUCGCCAGCUGCUGGUGAUCCCGCGUUAGAACGAAACCGUUCGGUGUACGCGGAACGUGCCACCACACUGCUGGCCAUGCCUGGGAGGUACCAGGCGGUCAUAAACCGAUUGGGAUUGACCAUCCCGUCUGUAUACCAGCCCGCACAUUAUAGCGGGCCCCUCGACAACUUAUCUGUCGAGGAUGUAGCGGCACACAUGGCCGCGUGCGGAGUCAGUAUCGAAAUGGCGAACGACGCCUGGCUGUUUGCACGACAAUGGCUGCUCGAUCCAAGGAACGAGAACCGGCCAAACACCUAUCCAACCCGCCAGCAGGUACUGGCCCUUCCCCCUUCGCAGUAUCCCCCCAGCGCGCCCAAUGCGCCACUACUACUGAUGAACCCUCAGUAUUACUUCCCGGCAGGGUGCCCUCCCGAGCCCACUGAGGUUCGAUCCAAACGGCCGCGUCACACCGCAGCCAUGCCCCGCGGGGGGUACAACACUAACGCUGCCAUAUUAAGGCAGCUACAUGCAGUCGCAACCACAUUAGGUCACACAACAGUGGCCGUUGGCGACCCCCUACCGCCCUCCUCCACGCCCUCGUCACUCCCAGAUUCCAUGGUGGAUCGACUGGGGCCACCAUCCCUGACAUCGUCCCUCCCAUUCGAAUGGGAUGAUGAUGUCGUCGAGGCAGACACUCGUACCCCCCAUACCGUCUCAUUGGGAGGUACCGUGGUGCCUCCCGCCUAUUUACAUUCCGCGACAUCUCGGAACCAAUCCGGCACUGCAGCCGUGUCGUCAUCAUCGACUUCAACAUCCGGGUCCAAUCACCCGCUAUCCCAUACCUCUACCUCACUUCCGCCAGCGAAUCCAUCUUCAUACAUCCCCGAGGACAUUGCCAUGUCCCCCAUCAUUGAGAAUGAGUUCGGCGUGUCCACGCCCUCUCCAUAA